AUGGCCAUCAAGUCUUCAAUACUUUACGAAAACCCCAGUGCCACCGCCUUUGUGGUCGAUAUUCCCAGCUCCAUCGCGCAAGCACAAGCGCUUCCAGGACAGGACUUUCCGCCAUCACGACCCCAUCCAGCCCCUUCUGCUUCAGGAUCUUAUCAUGGAGGAAGAGUUCUUUUAUCUUCCACCCCUCUAAGGGAACCUUAUCCAUCGUCAACGGAGCCCAAGACUGAGGCUGCGCGGGCGAGGGUUCUAGAGAGAAUCCCGCUUUCCGAAAGACGCUAUCACUCCGAGCUCAUCGAACCCCUGGUGACUGAGAAGCUAACGGAGCUUAAUGCAGCACUCGAAAAUAACAAUGAGUGGUGCCUGCCUCGUAUCAUUGUAGAUAGCGAUGCACAAGGCAGCCCGGGUGAUCCAACCCAGGGUGGAUAUGAGCAGAUUCAGCCAGGGAAGAGGAAACGACAACGCAGCAUUGCCGCAUGUUCAUGUUCAUGUCCAAAUCAAGACUCUGGCUCUACC